AUGAAUUGCAAAGAUCGGACACAUCACGGCGAUCAAAUCAUGUUUACACUGUUCAUUCUUAUGCUUGGUGCGGUUGCCUGGCGGCUGUAUACAUCCAUCAAACAUCUGUCUACGAUCCCUAAAGAAGUUCCAUGGGUAGGAAGAAAAGGCACCUUCUCCUCGUAUCUAUUAUCGCAGAUCAAGGCGAUACGGAAUACCCCCAGUGCAAUCAAUGAGGCAUAUAACAAAUACAGCAAGGAUGGGGCCAUCUGUGCUAUCCCAUUGCCGUUUAGUCGGCCAGAAAUUCUCGUGCCUCGCUCCUUUGUUCGAUGGAUGAUAUCCCAAGGGGACGCGGUUUUGAGUCCUCUCCCCGUGCAAGAUGAGAUUGUCGGUCCGAAAUAUGUCUUCUUGAACCCGUCCGUUCAUGGCGACUAUGCCGUCUACAAUGUUUUGCGCGCCAACCUCAACAGACAGUUACCCAAGCUGAUUCCAACCAUCAUGGAAGAGCUGGCUGCACGAGUGGAUCAGCUCUGGGGGAUGGACACCGACUGGCGAGAGGUGCAGUCGCAUCCGCUGGUGAGGAAUGUGGUCGGGCGAGUUUCUGGCCGGAUCAUUCUCGGGAGUCCCUUAUGCUACGACGAAGGACUGCUCGACAAUUUAUCCUGUCUCGCCAAUUGUGUUUUCCCCAGUGCUCUACUGCUUCGAUUCUUCCCCCCUUUCUUGCAUCCUCUGCUUGCACAUCUGACUACGAUCCUGAAUUGCAUCUAUAAGCGCAAGGCACUCAAAGUCCUCACGCCGUAUAUUCAGCAGCAGAUCGACUUACUUCAAACUGACAUGAUAAGAGGAGAAAAGAAUUCUCACAGGGAUGACAUCCUGACAUGGGUCAUCGCAGACGCGUUACGCCGAAAUGAGCCCCGAGAGGGACUGGUUGAUCGAAUCUGUUGCCGAGUCUUCACAGUCGUCUUCGCUGCUAUUGAAACCACCACUCUGACCAUGUCAAACACCGUGUUAGAUCUCUGCGCGAGUGAUCCAUCUUUGGGGGUCUGGGAAGGUCUGGCCGAGGAGGGGCACCGAAUGUUCUCUUCCUGUGCAGGCCAAGCGCCAGACCAGGCCAUGGUCAACAGUCUUGUGCGAGCUGACAGCGCUCUCAAAGAGACGUUGCGCUUGCGUACCUCGAUCAAAGCCCUAGCCAUGCAAGUAACAGCCCCAAGCGGGAUUACCCUGGACGGAGGGAAAUUGCGACUGCCUCAAGGCUCCAGGCUUAGCGUCUCCUCCUGGGGAAUCCACCACGACGAGGAAAUUUACCCCAAUGCGUCCACGUACGACGCUUUCCGCUUCUCACGACCGCGUGAAGGUGGUGAGAGCGCAGCGAGCUUGCCAGAUGCUCCCACCAAUGAUAACGAUAGCAAGCAUCUCAUGGUCUCGGCCAGUGAGACUUAUCUCCCCUUUGGAAUGGGCCGGCACUCAUGUCCUGGCCGAUAUUUUGCCGCAAUCGAGCUGAAACUAUUCCUGGCUUAUCUUGCUGUCAAUUACGAUAUUGAAUUAGCGCGCGAAAGGCCAGCCUUCGUCAGCAUUGGGCAUUUUCCCAUCCCUCCUUUGAACGGAAAAUUGAUGAUUAGGAGGAAGAGGGGUACAGUUGGAGCUGGCGCGGGACACCCAACAGGGAUAUAG